GAAGCAAGUCCACGAUACCCAGCUAGCGUUCGCUCGAGGAAAAAACACAACCGACGGAAACCCUAGCCACCCACGCUGCCUAGCUCCCCUCCGCCGUCCCAUUCCUCGCCUCCCCUCCGCCGCCCCUUCGCUUCCUCCUCUCUGCCACGUCCAGCUCCCCAUGAACAGGACCGAGAGGAUGUAGCCCUUCCUCACCGGCGCUCGGUCCGCAGAUGCGACGCGCGAGAGUGAAGGAUGAGCGGCAGUGGCCCACUCCCUCCUCUUCGCUGCCGCCCUCCCUCCCCUGGCCAUCGCCUCUCUUUCCCCACACCGCUUCCUCUCAUUCUCCCAGCGGGCUCGUUUCUCCUCUGUGGACGAAAUCCAUGGGAAUCACGAUCGACAGCGUGGAGGAUGCGGCAGUGGCAUGGGAAGUCAACGGCGCCGACGAGGAUGGAGACAGAAAAUCAGUGGUUCGGUUUGCAUCUUAUAUUUGUCAUGUGGCCGACGUACUGGGCUCCAGCGCCGUCGUUGGAGGCGAGGGCCAUCGUGGGCGUGCAGACUGCGCACAGCUUUGCCUCGCAUGGAUGUCACUGCUUCGACUGCCACCCAAACGUGAGUUCUUUUAUUCGGUUUGGUUGUCAGAGUUUAUUCAAGAGCCAACAAGCAAGAAAAAAGUUGGAAUGAACAAUCUACAGGGGAAUCAGCUUGCACAAUUUUCCCGAUGGAAUGGUGGUGUUUCUUGGGUCUGUGAAGGGUGUUCGCGUGGGAAUUAACUUGCUUCUGCUCUUGCCUUACAUAAUAUACCUGAUGUGAUGAAAUCAACCCAUCAGCCUUUCUGGUUAAGUAACCUGACUAUUCUUAUCUGAAGGUGUGUGUUGCAUCCUUGCCACGUUGAAUAUCCUUUGCAGGUUUUUUCUAAUAAGAUUCAGCUGCCUUUAUUAUUUGGCUGUUAUAAUGCAGUGUUUAUAUGCCAUUAAAUUUUGAGUUUUUUUGUAUUCACUAGGUUUGCACGCUAUCUAAGUUAUAUCGCUGUGAGUGCGCGCUAACCGUUAUAAUGUAUAAUAUUACAUUUAAUCAGUCUAUUUUCAGUUUGAUGCUGAGCAAGCAUAAUAGAAUUAGGUGGCAUUAAACGUAUUAGUACACAAGGGACCAAUUUGUAAAUUGUGUUUGCAUGAUCUAUUAUUUUGAAUAAAAUUUGCUUCAGAUUUUGUGUGUGAGGAGAGGAUGAUUUAGGGAAGUUAUGGUUGUACAAACAAAUAUCUGAGACUACUGAUUUUGUGUUGUUUACUAUCCGUGCUUCUUCUCUUAUCCAUUAUCCUAUGAUUAAAUAUACGCAUCUUCUUUAGGGACUGUCGAAUGGAUAUGUUUUCAGAAAUAAUUACAAAUUUGCAUAUAGAUUAUUAGAUCUUUAUUUCUACGCUUAGAUUGUAUGCUUGUAGCAAUUGAAGUCCACCUUUUCUUUUAAUAUUGGUCGAGUUCUUCCCUGGUUUAUUCUAAUCUGUUGUCAUAAAUUAUAACCUUAAAUCAAUGGUUACGACCUUUAAGCACUAUUUAUUGUUCGUUCUAUUUCACAAUGGUGAUAUUCAACUAUAUAUACAUAAAGUCGAUCUAUGUGGACAGGAUACUACAUCUGUAUCAUGAAAUCUUGAAAUCCCUGUAUCAUGACAGCAUAGACUGACUUUGUUGCUGUGUGGGAUCCUACAGCAAACCAAUCCAUGUGAGCACAAGAGGUGAAAGCUUACUAGGAGCUUGAUUCACGUCGAAUAGUUGAUAGAUAUCUCAAACCAAGCUGAAUGAGAAGAAGUAAGUGCAAGCUGUGUUACUUCUUCUGUUUUCUUGUUGCACUUUGGCUCGCAAUAGAAAGAUAAAUCAUGGUGACUGAUAUUACAUUCAGUGGUUGUUAAUUUCUUCUGUCUUAAUUUACCGAGGCAAACAGUUUUGCAUGUCCAAUGCGUGAACCAGAAACUGCAAGAACCAGAAAUCAGCUGUUUACAUAAAUAUGAUGGCUAUCUAGGUGAACCACUUCGUGCUUCAUGUGCACAUUAGUUCAAAGAAUCAAAUUUCAUUCAAGGCAAGCUACACAGGUGGAAAAGCAAUUGGCUGAAAACUCUCUCUGAUGUUUGAGAAGCAAACUCUUGCAAAUAGCUCAGUGGACAAGAGCUAUAUCAAAGUUAGCGAAGCAUCCAUAUAUUGGCAAUUUUUCUUUUGUUCUGCACUGUCAUUUGUGUAUCGUUGGAAAUAAGGAGAUGUGUUUUCUUUAUGCCAGCUGUUGAUGACAGAAUUCUGUAUUUGCUUUAUUGUGGAGUUACCAAGUGAUGUAAGGGCA